AUGAAAGCGUGCGAGGAAUGGACAUGUGAUAAUAACAUGAAGUUGAACGCUUCAAAGACGAAGGAGAUGCACGUGAACUUCUCGUCUAGUUCGCCCUCUUAUCCACCAAUUGUGAUAAACAACAAACGUUACGCAUGCCAAGCUACUAGGUGUUAG